AUGAGUGCUGCCUUUGCAAGGAGUGCUGCCUUCGCAAGGAGUGCUGCCUUCGCAAGGAUUGCUGCCUUUGCAAGGAGUGCUGCCUUCGCAACUAGGUCUGCCUUUGUAGGGAGUGCUGUCUUCGCAAGGGGUUUUGCCUUCGCCAGGAGUGCUGCAUUUGCAAGGAGUGCUGCCUUCGCAAGGAGUUAUGCCUUCACAAGGAGUACUGCCUUCGCAAGGAGUGCUGCCUUUGCACAGAGUGCUGCCUUUGCAGGGAGUGCUGCCUUUGCACAGAGUGCUGCCGCCGCAAGGAGUGCUGCCUUUGCAUUAACUGUUGCCUUCGCAAGGAGUGCUGCCUUUGCAAGGAGUGCUGCCUUCACAAGGAGUGCUGCCUUCGCUAGGAGUGCUGCCUUCGCAAGGAGAGCUGCCUUCGCAAGGAGUACUGCCUUCGCAAGGAGUGCUGCCUUCGCACGGAGUGCAGCCGGCGCACGUAGUGCUGCCUUCGCACGGAGUGCUGCCUUUGCACAGAGACCUGCAUUCGCAUUGAGUGGUGCCUUCGCAAGAAGUGCUGCCUUCGCAAGGAGUGCUGCCUUCGCUAGGAGUGCUGCCUUCGCAAGGAGUGCUGCCUUCGCAAGGAGUGCUGCCUUCGCACGGAGUGCAGCCUUCGCACGUAGUGCUGCCUUCCCACGGAGUGCUGCCUUUGCACAGAGAUCUGCAUUCGCAGGGUGUGGUGCCUUCGCAAGAAGUGCUGCAUUCGCAAGGUGUGCAGCCUUCGCUAGGAGUGCUGCCUUCAAAAGGAGUGCUGCCUUCACAAGGAGUGCUCCCUUCGCAAACGGUGCUGUCUUCGCAAGGAGUGCUACCUUCGCAAUGAGGGCUGCCUUCGCUAGGAGUGCUGCCUUCGCUAGGAGUGCUGCCUUCGCAAGGAGUGCUGCCUUCACAAGGAGUGCUGCCUUCGCACGAAGUGCAGCCUUCGCACAUAGUGCUGCCUUCACACAUAGUGCUGCCUUCACAUUGAGUGCUUCCUUUGACAGAGUGCUGCCUUCGCAAGGAGUGCAGCCUUCGCAAGGAGUGCUGCCUUCGCAAGGAGUGCUGCCUUCGCAAGGAGUGCUGCCAUCCCAAGGAGUGCUGCCUUAG